CAAUCUCCCUUCUCUGCAAGACUCUGUUGCUGUGUGUUGCAGACUGCAUCAUGAUGCAUGUGGGCUGUGUGUGGGGUCUCUCCUUGUUCCUGUCUCUGAGUUUAGGAUGGACGAAGGCCCAGGAGACGAACUACACCAGGCCAGUGUUCUACUGUGGAGGAGACUUGGUUGCAGACUCAGGCUUUGUUGGCAGCGAGGGGUUCCCAAGCUUUUACAAACCUAAUAGCAAAUGCACAUGGCGCAUCACCGUCCCAGAGGGGACUGUGGUCAUGCUCUCCUUCCGCAUUUUUGACCUGGAAGCUGACUCACAGUGUCGCUACGACUAUCUGGAUGUUUACAACGGUCAUUCCAACUUGGUGCAAAAGCUGGGCCGCUUUUGUGGAACUUUCCGACCUGGUUCCCUCAUCUCCACCACCAACACCAUGAUGCUAGAGAUGGGAUCUGAUGGAGAGACUCAGGGCAGAGGCUUUGUGGCCUAUUUCAGUGGAGCCAAGCCAUAUGUAGAUGAUCAACAGUUCUGUGGGGGAAAGAUAACAAAAGCCCAGGGAGAGAUCACGACUCCCAACUGGCCUGACAAGAAAUACCCUCCAGGAACCAGCUGCUCCUGGCUUAUCACAGUGGAGCCUGAUAUGGUAAUCCAUGUAAAGUUUGAUAAAUUCCUCUUGGAAGCUGACACUUAUUGUCGGUUUGACUACGUGGCAUUCUUUAAUGGCGGAGAGAAAGAUGAUUCACGCCUGAUUGGAAAAUACUGUGGCGAUCAAGCCCCGCAGCCCAUUAUCAGCACUGGCAACGUUCUACUGGUCCAGUUUGUGUCUGACCUCAGUGUGGUAUCUGAUGGAUUCAUGGCCCACUAUAACAGUGUUCCACGUGGUACUCAGUUAACAGAAGUUCACUCAGGAUCUGAUACGAGAACCAUCCCUUCAAGACCUGCUGUCAAACCUGCUGCACGUGAACGCCCCGCUGCCCCUGCAAAGCCACCCGCCCCCACUGCCAAAUAUGUGCCCCCUCCUGCACUUGAGCCCACCGAGAGACCCAAACCAGUCAAGCCCACAAGAGGCCGUGGAACAGCCACAGGUGGUCCGGACAGGAGGGUGCCUGUCACAAGACCAAAUGGAAAGAAGCCUGUCCUUCAAAAUCCACUGUGUGCCAAAGCCUGUAAAAGAGAUGGAACCAUAAAGACCAGUUUCUGCACCAGUGAAUUUGUGAUAACCGGGAAGGUGACCUCCAUGACUCCUGGGCCCCGUGGCAGUCUUAAUAUUAACGUCUCCCUCAUCAAGGCCUACAAAGCAGGCCGGCUAACCAUCACACAGAUUGGAGAAAACAUGGCCGUUAAGCUGGUGUCACAGUGCAAGAAGUGCCCAGUGCUCCGCAGAGGUGGCAACUACAUUAUCAUGGGUCAAGUGGAUCAAGAGGGACGUGGUACCUUGGAACCUGGUGUAUUCACAGCUCCAUACAAAGCCCCACAUCACAAAUUAUUAAUGAGUAUCAACAACAAACCCUGUUAACCUCACAAGUCUGUCCAGGCCUGGAAAUCCAAACAAAUCCAGAAAAUUUUAAUGUGAAAUACAGAUGAACUAUUAAUGCACAAUAUUUCAAGGUAAAACAUAGCAGCAACUUUAUCCACCACAUUAAAGGGAAACAAAUACAUGUUUUAUCCAAACACCUGCCAAACCAUAGGUUUGUAAUUUAUAUAUGAAUAAAGGUUUUUAUAUCUCU